AUCCUCACCCAUCUCCCUCUUCAUCACCAGUCAUGCCAGUCAAGGUCGGAAUCAAUGGUUUCAGUCGUAUCGGCCGUAUCGUCCUCCGUAACGCCCUCCUGCACGGCGACAUCGAUGUAGUCGCUGUGAACGACCCGUUCAUUGACCUUGAGUACAUGGUCUACAUGUUCAAGUACGACUCGGUCCACGGCCGCUUCAAGGGCACUGUCGAGGCCAAGGACGGCAAACUUGUCGUCGAGGGUCACCCCAUCUCCGUCUUCUCCGAGCGCGACCCGUCCAACAUCCCCUGGGGCUCUGUCGGUGCCUACUACAUCGUCGAGUCCACUGGUGUCUUCACCACCAAGGAGAAGGCUUCGGCUCACCUCAAGGGCGGUGCCAAGAAGGUUGUCAUCUCGGCUCCUUCGGCCGACGCGCCCAUGUUCGUCUGCGGUGUCAACCUCGACACGUACGACUCCAGCUACACUGUGAUCUCCAACGCGUCCUGCACGACCAACUGCCUCGCGCCCCUCGCCAAGGUCAUCCACGACAAGUUCGGCAUUGUCGAGGGCCUCAUGACGACCGUCCACUCCACUACCGCGACGCAGAAGACCGUCGACGGCCCGUCCAACAAGGACUGGCGCGGCGGCCGUGCAGUCGGCAACAACAUCAUCCCCUCCUCCACCGGUGCCGCAAAGGCCGUCGGCAAGGUCAUCCCUUCGCUCAACGGCAAGCUCACCGGUCUCUCCUUCCGUAUCCCCACGAUCGACGUCUCCGUCGUCGACCUCGUCGUCCGCACCGAGCGCCCCGCGCCGUACGCGGCGAUCAAGGCCGCCGUGCAGGAGGCCGCCGCGGGCCCCAUGAAGGGCAUCCUCGCGUACACGGACGAGAAGGUCGUCUCGACGGACUUCACGGGCAACGACGCGAGCUCGAUCUUCGACGCCGACGCGGGCAUUCCCCUCAACGACCACUUCGUGAAGCUGAUCUCGUGGUACGACAACGAGUGGGGCUACUCGCGCCGUGUCUGCGACCUCCUCGCGUUCGCCGCGAAGAAGGACGGCGCGCUCUGAGCCUUUUGCGGCGUAAAGCGAACAGUGUAAGGUGUUGAAAGUGCGUGUGCAGAAGUGGAAAGCAAAAUAGAUCGUGUUGUACUACUCGUCGUCAAGUGACUCAUAAUACAUCGUCUGUACCUCUCUCCGAGUG